AUGCGGCGGCGCAGCAACAAAUCCGCGAAGGUCCCCAAUGUCAAGCUGCGGCCCGCACAGCAGUCGCCAUCCAAUUCACGGAAGAACGCCCUGCGCGCGGACGAAAGCGUAUGCUUGGUAGACGAGAGCCAGUUCGGAAGUGACGACAACUACAACGACUACACUCCGAGACCGCUGCGCGGCGUGGUUGUGUGUGCCACGGGAAUCGCUGACAAGCCGACGCUAUUCAAACAAGCCGUGGAACUUGGCGCUCUUGCAAUGUCUGCGUUUACGGACAGGGUUACCCAUCUUGUUGCUGUCGGCCACGGCGGAGCAAAAUAUAUGUGUGCCGUAGAACGCAAGAUUCCGAUCCUACAGCCGUCGUGGAUAACAGAGUGCUUUCAGGUCUGGCUGCGCGGCGACGACGUAGAUGUGGCAGAGAUGACGAAUAAACACAGACUGCCCGUGUUCUCGGACAUUGUUCUAUGCCCCUCAGGCAUCACCGAUAUCACUAGGCGUACCCAGAUCCACAGACUCGUCACUGAACAUGGUGGGACGUAUGUCAAAAAUCUCGAGAGACCUGUGCGCGUUACGCAUCUGCUUUGCUCAGGGGAGGAGGAGACGGACAAGAUGCGAUAUGCUGAGAAGUUCAACUCAACUGGCGAGGCAAAACCUCCCAUUCUUCUGGUCUGGGAGGAGUGGUUUUGGGACUCUUUAGAGUUUGGCGGCAGGUUUGACGAAGACAAGUACCAGGUGCGGAGGCCUCGACCUGAACGCAAGACAAUUACUGCACACUCGAUCCCCUCAUCACUAGCAGAUUCAUCUUCAAUCAUUGCACCAAAGCCCCAUGGUGAUGAACAAGAUCCCGAAGAGGCGGCCUCAGUGAAAGUACUUCCAGCAGUGACACUUCAACUUUGGGAGAGCUUGCUGAAAGUUCGUGGCUAUGAAAUUAGUCCGGGCGGAAAGUUGGCCAGGAGCCCGACGAAAGUCCGAAGUAUCAUGGCUCACAUUGGCGCGGAGCCGGAGUCUCCUUCUCAGAACGGUCAGAGGAAGAGCGUCAUAGACAAAUUCCGACGUGCCAACUCAUUCGCCGAACCUGCUUCGCAGGGGUUCAGACGUACGAAGACGAUACCUGCGCUUGCGCUAUCGAAAGGAGCUUCUUUCGGUAAGGAUGGCCCGCGUAAUGGCGUCGUUGAGGGUCCUGGAGAGCCCGGUCCGUCGUCUUCUCCCCAUAGGGCUCCACCGUCGUCGCGAAGCCCGUCUCCUGAGAUCGGUGCGCUGGAGGAGCACAGCGGCCCUUUCGAGCCGCUGGCUCCCAUGCCUGAUGCCGGCGACAUUGAGAUGUCAGAGUCCGAGCGAGCACCUGCAGUGCCUGGGUUGCUAUAUUCGGGCAAGAUUUUCCGUGCUCUCGGAGAGGCCAGCUGUUCCAGCGUCCGUGAGGCCAUCGAGAGUCAAGGUGGACGGCUGGUUGGAGAAAAGGCCGCCGCCAAUGUCGAAGUCGAUUACAUUUUAGUCAGGCUCGUCAGUGGAAGCAAGUAUUAUCACGACGAAGCAUCCCAGACAGAACGACAGAAAUAUCGGACGGAAUGCUGGCUCGAACGGUGUAUGUUCGAGGAGCGCAUCAUCUCACCAUCCGAGAAUAUCACGUUUGCUCCCUUGGAGCUUCGACGGUCCAUACCUGGCGUAGGCAAGAUCGUUGUAAGCCUUUCUGGUUUGGAUCAGAGCGAAGUAUGCUGUGUAAAACGGCUGGCCAAGGCACUCGGUAUCUUAAUUUCGCCCAAUUUUUCCCGGCGGUCGACGCACCUACUAUGUCCGGCGGGUACAGGCGCUAAAUUCGAGAAGGCGAAAGAGUGGGGCAUCCCCGUAGUCAAUAUGGGAUGGCUUGAAGGUAUAGCGAAGACGGGGAAGAUUAUUCCUGUCUCUGGCUUCCGAGUAGGUCCAGGCGGUGCGAUUCAAGAGGCGGUUCUUGAUCCAGGCAAAACAAACAAAGGGAAAGGAAAGGCAAUCGAGUCUCCCAUUGUCGAUAUCACCAACAGUGGGACACAAGAUGAAUCGACUCUGGCUACCCCGGAAUUCGCCAUUGCUGUACCCUCUCAAGCUUCGGAAGUUGUUCCAAAAUCUGCCUUUGGAGUUCCGAAUGGACUCCUGGAUGCUGAAACUACGAAAAGGUUACAUGUUGCGCCAACGAAGAAUACGUUGUCGGGGGCUUCGUCGGAUGUAAUUUCUCCCAAGGAUCAUGCUCCUUCACCAGACGCUCUUGGUCAUUCCCCAGAGCACCCCUCUCUAUCCCCUUCUCAGCCCUACGCCCCUCUCCACGUUGCGCCGGAUCCUUUACAUCGAAGUAAUCCAUUCCAGGAUGAUGACCAACGAGAUAACCUCCGUAUUCCCUCCUCGAGUUCACCUUCCCCUAUGAAGCUCCCCGGUGACGUUGAUGGUGGCCGACAGACGGUGCCAUCGUCGCCUUCCAAAGGAUCCCAAGGGAGACACAUUCCGUCGCCUACAAAGAUGUCCGCAGAAGCCGCGAUAGCCCUGCAGAAAAGCCUGACAAGCUUACUGGGGAAGCGGAGGGAAAGCGACGAGGAUCCUACUGUACAGGCGGGUACCAGCGGAGCCGCUGGCACGCGGGCCAAAAGAGCAAGGCCGCAGAGAUCAAAGGGACAGGCAAGGCAGACUUCAGAAAUACGUGUCGCUAAUACACCCGGGACGACCGUUGACCCCUUCGGACCCUAUAACCUGAAUCAUCGACAUGCCUCCGACGACAUGAACGAAGAUACUAGUCAAGGUUCCGUGCGCGACGAAAUUGUCGGCAUAAAGUACGAGGAUCCCAAACAGCGCGAAGAAAGACAGCGUUUGAUGGAUCUUUUAGGCGAUACAGUGGAUGCUGAUGUUGAGAGUAAGGGCAAGUCUAGAGUCGGUGGCAGGAGGCCGACACGGAGGAAAGCCGGAUUUUGA